GCUCCGCCCAGUACGAGUCGCUCAGUGGCAAGCGAGUCUAAGAUCAAUAUGGCGCCGACCCACGUCCUUCGUUUCCCUUCCGAAAGUCGGCUGCAGAAAUUUCAUCUCCAAGCGCACGGUAUCGAUCGCUCGGGAUUUUAUCUUUGACUGCUGUGAAAAGACUCCCUGGCCCUGUUUCUUAGUUUUUCACACGGCGGAUGAAGAGUAAACAGUGCAUGUACUAGAACGACGAGGAAUGAAAAAAUUAACGUCUCCGGGAGACUCCAGUUGAAGAUCCUCGGAGGCGCUCAUAACGCCUCACCAAGAGCGCGAGGUACCUGUGUGACAUAUCAUGUGGAUGAUUUUUGAUCAACUCUCCUUACCCCGUGACAUAAUUGUGUUUGCAGCGAGCUCCGGUAACGAGUUACAAAGCGUGGUAGGGGGCGGCGGUAACGAUCUGGAGCAGCCAACGGAGUGAGCGGGCCUGGCAGUGUGCGUUGGCGUUACACCUGUGGUCGUAGUGGGGCGCGGGGCCGGUAGGUGGCAGCGCUAUCGCGUCUGGCUGUCGAUUGGCGGGCAAGGCAGGCGCGAGGCGAGCGGGGAUCAGGCCUUGUCGGGGAACCUACGCACCGGCACUCUUGGAUCCAGGUCAGCGGGUGUCCCAAAGAGUAGACCACGAGUCUUGUGAGGGAAGGACUGACUGCAGAGGACGGAGGGAGGCUCCUGAGGGCGGAUCUCCCCCGUGUAGCCCAGCAGAGGCGAGUCUGAGUCCGGGGCGACUGAGACCUUUUCCAUGAGAGGUUCGUACGGCUGACACCGCCAUUGAUUCCGAGCUCCAACACCUGAAGGCAGUCCCCGUCAUGGUCGCCACGGCCUUCCACCUGAGUGAGCAGUGAUCGCUAGAGCCUCCGGGACGUGCUCUCCUGAAUGUUAACUCUCUGUGUUCGUGUUCUGGUGCGCCGAGGUAAAUGUGCGGCCUAGGAUUCAAACUGAAGAAUACCCCCUCCAAGAAGACCUCACUGCGCUGGGGUGACUGCUGUGGGUGCCUCGCCGCUGCCAGCUCCACCUUCCGGCCAGACCAGUGGACAUGACUGGCUCCCCCUGACCUGACCCCGACCCCGGCCACCACGCGCUCCUUCUACGGUGACCUCGGUGCUUCUUUGACCUCUCUCGCCACUCCUCUUUGUCUUAGUUAACUUCUCGUGUGACUUCACCGGCCGGUCACUGCAUAACUCCUUGCUCUCCUUUCGCCGGGCAAGUCUUCCACCAAGCGCCGCUUUACUCGAGGAAACUUAAGUGACGAGGCGAGGCGAGACAUUGGAUUGAUAGACACGAGAGUUGUUAUUUUUGUUAUGAAAGAAGAUUCUUAAAACUAUUUUGAACCACUGAAGUUUUGUAAGAGCUUUGGACAGAUUUAUAUUUUGAAAAGAUGAAUACUUUUCUCGUAGCGUAACCCAAGAGGAGGCGUGAACCAGCUCUCACAAGAAACUUGAGGUGACUGGGGACUCGGGAACCCUAAGCACUCACUACCAAGACUUCAGCACCACACGCCCCACACUCACCUUCACUCAGCCACCAUGACGAUCAACGUGGGAGGAAUCAUCGCCAUCGUCAUCUUCUACCUUCUCAUCCUCGCUGUCGGGAUCUGGGCGGCGAAGAAGAAGCCUGAAGGAGAAGAUGACGCAGAUGAUGUAAUGUUAGCGGGGCGGAGCAUAGGGAUAUUUGUCGGGAUAUUUACUAUGACAGCGACGUGGGUUGGCGGAGGCUACAUAAACGGAACAGCAGAAGCGGUGUACGAUACAGGCUUGGUGUGGUGUCAGGCUCCCUUCGGUUACGCUCUUUCUCUAAUCUUCGGUGGCGUCCUCUUCGCUAACAAGAUGCGCUCCCAAGGUUACGUGACGAUGCUGGACCCGCUGCAGGACAAGUUUGGGGAGCGCAUGGGUGGUCUUCUGUUCCUGCCGGCGCUGUGUGGGGAGGUGUUCUGGUCAGCUGCUAUCCUCGGCGCCCUGGGUGCGACGCUCUCUGUGGUGUUGGAUAUGGAGCAGGAGCUAGCCGUCAUCCUAUCCGCGUGCAUUGCCGUUGCCUACACGCUCUUCGGGGGUCUGUACGCGGUGGCUUACACGGAUGUGGUUCAGCUUGUGUGCAUAUUCUUGGGCCUGUGGCUGUGCAUUCCCUUCGCCUGGAACCAUCCUGCGGUAGGGGACGUGAUCGGAACGGAGAAGGACUGGAUUGGGGAGGUGGACAACUCAGAUCUGGGACUCUACUUCGACUACUGCCUCCUGCUGGUGUUCGGCGGCAUCCCCUGGCAGGUGUAUUUCCAGCGUGUCCUGUCCAGCAAGUCGGGACAUAAGGCGCAGGUACUGUCCUACGUGGCUGCCUUCGGGUGCCUCAUUAUGGCAGUGCCCCCCGUCAUCAUUGGUGCCAUUGCGAAGGUCACGGACUGGAACCAAACAACACUGGAAUGCGAGGUUGUGGAAACGUGCAUCUCGAGUAACCACACCGCCAUGAUUCUGCCUUUGGUCAUCCAGCACCUUACUCCUCCCUUCGUGUCCUUCGUGGGUCUCGGCGCCAUCUCCGCUGCUGUCAUGAGCUCCGCAGACUCCUCAGUGCUCUCCGCAGCUUCCAUGUUCUCCAGGAAUAUUUGGAAGCUUAUUUUCAGGCAGAAUGCGAGCGAGACUGAGGUGCUGUGGGUGAUGCGGGUUGCCAUCUUCUUCGUCGGGUUCCUGGCCACCACCCUCGCCCUCACCAUUCCUUCCAUCUACGGGCUGUGGUACCUCUCGUCGGAUUUGGUCUACGUGAUUCUGUUCCCCCAGCUCCUAAUGGUGGUGCAUUUCAAGAACCACUGCAACCUGUACGGCUCACUGGGGGCCUACAUUUUGGGGAUCUUCGUUCGAAUCCUUGGAGGGGAGUCUAUCAUUGGCAUUCCAGCUAUCAUCAAGUACCCUUGGUAUGACGAGGCCACAGGGACACAGCUCUUCCCCUUCCGUACCCUGGCCAUGGUCCUCUCCGGUCUGUUCCUGGUCAGCGCCUCCAUGUUCUCCAAGUGGGUGUUUGAGACGGGCCGCCUUCCACCUAAAUACGACGUGCUGCGUUGCGUUGUCAACAUCCCCGACGACGUGCAGCAGGUUGGCGACCCGCAGGAGGGAGAAAUGACCAUGAUGGCUUGUCACACCGUGGUGAAGUACAACGCCACGGGGGAGAUGAACGGACGCAUCAAUCCCGCUCUUACUCUUGGGUCAGACAGCGAUGAGGAUAUCCCAGCUCCCACCACCACCACUGCCGACGGGAAGGUGAAGAAGCGUCUAGUUGGGGAGAUCAUUUCCCCUCCCGCCAUCACCUCCCCUAAGAAGCACGACCAGACGAAGCUGUGAAACAAGUAAACAAGCCGGAGUUGACCUCAGCACUCCGGCUCUCUGACGCUCCCCUGAGACGACCCCCGCACGCCCCUUGUCCCCGAGGUCACUCUAUUGAUCCCUGACCUUCCAGGAUCUCCACUAGUCUUCUGAACUGCUCUACAAGACUCCCCGGGUUCAGGAGUCACGGUGUAUGGGAGGCUUAGCGCAGAGCCGCGUUUUAGCCCCUUGAGGAUCCCAGGAGUCCCACUUGAGCUGUAGGUCUUGUAGUGAUGUCAGACUCAAGCGUGGUAGUCAGCUUGUCAAGGGGGAAGGACAGGUGACGCUCGACUUUAUCCAAUCUCAUUCUGCAGUCUUGUUUUUAUACAUGUGCGGUUCCUUGCGUUACAUCUCCUUUGUUUUCCUGGAGGUUCUUUUUUUCAUCCUUUACCUCAUCGCCUUUCCCUCCCCCUUUAGGAUUUUCAAUUAUGCGAUGUAAGUGUGUGCCUAGUACUACUACGUGCCCGUCGGUUAUUUUUGUAGACAGAUAUGUAGGUGUUUUCUAGUGAGAAUUCGUGGUGUUGCCGACCGCUUGGUGACUGUCCUGGUCUCUAGAGCAUCGCAUUGCAGAGGAGAAAGAGAGACAGAUUCUGAGAGAGAAAGAGAGAGGCCUGCCGCGCUGUUCCCCUCCGGCUGCGGGAAUACCUCAGUCUAGCAGGGUUGCUUGGACUGGCGUCGUGUGGGGGUCCUCCCUCAAGGCACAAGUGUUUUGCUCACCCUCCGCUAACUGGAAUCGCCGCGAGGGUCGAAGAGUGAGAGAAGUACACCACUACAGCACAUCGAUCUUUGAACCACUCUAGCGAAUACGUGGAACCACAACGAUGAUGAUACGUGGCUUCACUGACACCACAGGACAAAGUGAAGGUCAAACAAAGAGGACUCGUCACUCCCCCUCGCUCAGGUAAGGUCCUGUUCACGUGCCAAUUGUGGACCUUGUAUCGCCAGGACCAGCAGCCGCCGCCCCUCGCCAGCUAAGAGGGACGCACCUUCAAUCACCUUGUGUAUAACAGACUGGAGCCACAGCGAAGCACAGCGUAGUGACCACCAGUGACUCACGCCUCGACCCGCGGGGCGACGACCCGGAGAUGAGCGCCAGACCAAAGUGGAGGAAUGUGGAGAUGUUUACGUGGGAAAUCACUGCUUAGGAUGGACCAAAUAAAACCUUCAGUACUCCUAUUUUGUUAAUGGUGAGCCGUGGCGAGUGGCAGCCUGAAGCGUAGAGCGUAGGAUCACCAGCAAUAAUAUAAAAUAGUGGAAAACCAUAAAAAAUAGCUGUUAGAGGCGAGACUCCCAUCUGCCCGCGUGUCCCUCAGCUGACAUCAGUGCUCGAGUCUCCGCGGGCGCUGAUUGGCUCCAGGAUGUCAGCGGGUGUUUCUUUACUCAGUGUUUUCUUGAUGUCAGCGUGAGUGGUGAGUCGUGAGUGGGUUUCGUGCGUCGUGUGGUGCCCUUGUUCUGUUCCUGUUGCCUGGGAAGCAUCACCAGGCACCGAGGCACUGUUUUGUUGUCCUGCUCGGCGCCACAUUCCCACACCACCUGACGCCGCUCCCAGUGUUUCCACCACCUUUGUUUCUCUGGUAAGUCACGUUUCUUGAACAUUUAUUUCCGUGUAUUUUUAUGAUUUGUUUUAUGUGGGGUGUAAAUUGUGCGUGGGAUGAUUUACCGCGAGUCUUACAUUGGCGCCAUGUUCCCGCCUCGCCGGCCUGCUGGCUGGGACGUUACGUGUGAUUCUUAGCUGUUUCCUGAUCGCUGUUAAUGUUGUUGUUGUUGUUGUUCUCGAGUGUUGGGCUAUUCUGGAGUGCACACACCAAGGAAUCAUACCUACAUGUACGUGUACGUGAGUGUAUGUGUGUGUAUGUGUGUGUGUGUGUGUGUGUGUGUGUGUGUGUGUGUGUGUGUGUGUGUGUGUGUGUGUUUGUAUGUGCGUGCGCAUACAUAAAUUCUCUCACGAGUGCCACUGUGUAUAUGGUGUGUGUUGAUACGCCCACAGGGAGAAGCAGUCCCCGCCAGUCCCCGCCAGUCCUCGUCAGUCACCCAUCACCCAUCCCGCAUUCCUCCCCAACCUGUUCUCCCCUAUAAUCUUUUUGACCUCCCCAGGGGCUUCCCACGUUGUUCUACCCACACAAAUUCACUUUCCCAGGCUGCUCACGCCCCUCACGCCCUUCACGUCUCUCAUACGUCCCCAAAGGUUGUCCUGAUUCCCUGACACUUGUACACACUCUUUUUCACUCCCCCCUUCCCGUUACCUGUCAUUCUAUAACCUUCCUCUGCCACCCCCAAAAAGCGCUGCCCACGAGUAACGCCUAACAGAAAAGCGAAAGGCAUCCAUCUCUCUUGCUCACUCUUACUCCAGUGGGCGAUGCUAUGCUCUCCCUGUCUCACUCUCUCUCAGUUAUUUACAAGUUUUCUGAAUUUUGAAAAGCAUGUAUUCGUUUGACAUUCCUCCUCUUAUUUCUCGUCUUCGUCCUCGUUCUCCCCCUCCUCCUACAAACUUUAUAACUCACACCUCACUGACUUACAGAUGAGCUCCCUCUACACCUAAUAAAACUUGGAUAUUUUCUCUCUUUACACUAAAAAAAAAAAGUGAAUUAAAAUCUUGACUCUAGUUUUCCGUUUACUUAAUUCCUCCGUUUUUUGUUUGGCUCGUGUUGGUGGCUGGCGGAGGCGGCAGGCGGGGGCAGGGAUGGCAGAAAAGACUCGGGGCUCUACGAUUUUCAUGGUUGUGAUAUAUUUACCGCGAGGACAAACCGGCUGACUUCACACUGGUCGAUGUGCUUCAGAAUUUAAACGUCGGUGGGUGUAGAGAAAAAGACAGACAGAGAGAGAGAGAGAGAGAGAGAGAGAGUGUGUUUCCUGAGUGUGUUGAGUGUGCGAGUGUCCUUAACAUUGAGUUGUUUUGUUGAUUUUUGCCUCUGCGUGAUUGGCCGGGGGUCGUAUUCUCAAACUCCUAGCUUCUCAUCACUAUUGCUUUCAGUGUGGUCUGGGAGAUUGCACUGAGGUUUUCAGAAGUGUUUUCGUGGUUCUUUUAGUAGUUUAACAAGUAUUGUAUAUCAUCAGUGACAAAAAACAUCCUUGAAAACACAGCUAAUUCUCUGUGGCUUUUAAAAAUAGUCCUCGUCUUACCACGUCUAUUUUCAACGUGCUGCAGAAAUUAUUGAGGUUUUCAUCAUUCUACUAACAGUUUAACGAACAUUCAGCAUUACCAAUAGGUAAAACAACCUUGGAAAUACAACUAAUUCUCUCUGUGGCCUUUGAAAGCAAUCCUGGUGAAAAAACGAAGGGUUUAUGAAUGCUGCCUCUGGUCUUCUGGCGGCCAUCAAGUUCUGACGUUAAAGAAUCGCUCUUCUCUGAUUGGCUGCUUGUUUCCCAUCGCGGUGCAUCACUCAGCUGGCCGGACACGACGCGAGCAGCUUGACAUGGUUCUAUUGACAUUUACAAUUCGUUUAAAUUUAUAAAGGACUUUAGAAAGGACGCGAAGAAAGAAAGGACGUUUCAAAGAUCAGGAUCAAGAGCAGCUAUACACCCUCUCCCUUUUAUUUUUCCACGCUGCAUCUGAACCACAUUCCGAACGACCCCCAGUUUUUAUUAAGAGUACAUAAAUGUUUUGUAGAUGCUUGUAGUGUUGUGUGUAGGAGUCUGUACAUAGAUGUCGUGACGAGGAGAAAAGGAGAGAGAGAAAACGUGUGGCGCCGAUGAUAUCAUUUAGAUGGUUAUAAUGGAUACAUAUAUAUUUUUUCUUUGAAUAAAACAGUAAUGUACGUACGUAAGUGUAAGUGUCGGUGUUAUCUAGUGCGUAACGAAAGUAUUUUUGUUGAAACCUAGUUAUCAUUACUCACAGUGGGCGAAUUACAUACAAUUACUCAAGUCUUGGUGAAUGAGUUCGUGUUUUGUUGACGUGGUGAUCUGCGUGAGGGUGGGUCAGGUUAUGGUCAGGUCAGGGAGGAAGGGUUAGGGUCAAAGGUCAGUGCAGGUCGCGUGGAGACUGAGGUGACACGGAGCAGGUUAAUUGAUCAAGCACCUGGUGGGCUACAUUCCUACGACAAUUAGUGAUACCUGGUUAUGUUUUCAUGGGUUCCUGGCGUCAUCAGCGCACCUGUACUGGGAAAAUCAUCAGAAUCAACAGGUGUAAACAUAUCAAUCAGAAAAAAAUGGGAAAUAUGAUACGAAAAGACACCAAAUUAACACUUAUAUUAUGGAAGAAUCACUGAAAUCAUUAGGUGAGGCGGGUAUCAUGUCAAUCAAAACUACUCGAAAAAAAAAUAGAAAAGAAAAGCAAAGUGUGAUAUAAGAGACACCAAAUUAACUAGUAGAGAAGUAAGGGAAUGCUCACAAGGGCGUGGCGGCGAGUGACUCUUAUUAAUGCCGCGUCUUUAGCCACCCUUCAGAAUAGUAUUACAUUAGGAAAGGCUUUCUCCUGUUAUCAUUAGUACUGUUUCCCGCUUAUUGUUUCCCGAGGGAGCGUUUCUUCUCCUCCUUAACUUGUUCAGACUUUUUUUCAUGACACUUGUUAUAAUGUCCAAGGUUAUACAAGUUUGUUAUCUUCCUCUUGAGUGUUUUUCUUUGAUUCAUGUAACUUUAUCUCAACGUUUGUUAUCAAUAUUCCUGCUGAGAACUGUUUUCUUAUAUUUAUGUCGGUAUCCUAGCAUUUUUUGACAAUUCAACGAGUUUACUCUAAGCUUUUAUUCUUGGUAUUUCUAUUAUGUUUCUUUUCCACGUUACGUUUCUUUUCUCCCAACAUUUGUUACCUCUACUUCUUCUAUAAAGAUUUGUUUUUCACUUACGUAACGCUUCUUCGGCCCAAAUCGUCACUGUUCUUUACGGAGUGAUUAAUGUGUCACCAUACUUCUCGCCCUAUCGUUAUCUAAGCAUUUGUUAUAUUUCUACCGUUACCUAUCUGUUCUUCAUUCACGUUUCCCCAGCCCACGUCGUCGCUGUUCUUCAAAGAGUAACUCAUAUGUGGUGUAAAGAGAAAGAGAUUACAAUUAUAGCAUAUGUAUUGUUGAAUUUUGUCAAUAUCAUUUAUAUAACAAGAGCAAUAUUAUACAUGCACAUAUAUGUAUGAUGAGUAAAGAAGGAUAUUAAAAAAAAUCUAACUAACUAACUAUUGUUCGGUGUCUACGUAUACAUAUAUAUAUAUUUUA